AAAACAAAAAAAACAAAAUCAAAGGAUGAUACAUUUGCAUUGUGUCUAUAAAUGUAUAUAUACGUGUUGAGAGGGUAAAUCGAGAGAAAAUAACGGGUUAUGAAGCAAAAUUAAGUGCAGAGAAAUGAUUAGAAAGUCAAUAUAUAUAUUAAAACUGUCUAAAGCGUACAAUGCCAGAAAUUUGCAGCAUAUGAGAUGAGAAGUGCAAGUGUUACGUUCAAAAUCAUAAACUCGUCAGAUUAUUAGAGUGGUGAGUUGGAUAGCUACUAAAUGUUACGUGUUCAGGCUAGUCUGUUUAAAAGCCAAUUGCAAGUAAACAGCACAGAGCGGGUCGUCUCGUGGGAAUGAGAAACCUCCAACCAGCUGAGAUACACUUCCAUAUGCUUACGUGGUUCGUCUACCGGCGGGAGUAGUAUAGAAGGUGAUCCCCAGUACUGACAUCACGAGUGAUUUAUUUAUGAGGCAAGUACCUAGUACUUAUUUUUCAUACACGACAUUCACUAUUGAAACAAGCUCCUUCGAUUCAUUAUGUGAAUGGCAUGGAUCGGCGUUCCCAAUGAUGCUCGAACAGACUUGCUCUCUCGUAGUGUUUGAGGAGCGUAUAGUAACUCUCUCGGCUGUUAUCAUAGAGACUGCUGCUGUUCGUUUUUGCCUUUGAGUGCUUUCACCGAUUGAUAAUCUGGUGCAGUCAUUUAUAGUUUCGAUUUCUAUGGAGUUUAAUUUGUGAGUGUCACGGCAUCUGAUUUUAUGUGGAGUUGCGAGUGACCAAAGCCAUUUAGACUGGACAGGUUUCAUUUACGCAUGCGUAUUAAAGAGGAAAUGACGCUGACUCAUCUCUCCGCCCCAUGGAACAGAUGCUGGUGUGCAUAUUUCUGAUUCAAUGGAUAACUUUCGUCAACCUCGCCUUGUCGACAGCAGUAACGGAGAUCUAUCUUGGUGUUGGCUGGUGUUCGUUCCAUACUUACAAAGUUAAUGAAGCACAGUACUAUGAGAUUGUUUGGGAGGGGAGUAAUCUCCCCCUUAGUUGCCAGAUCGGGUUCGAAGGUCGUAACGAAAACGAUGUUUACGAUCAGUACCAGGUGUGCGUGGAAGCUUCAGAGUAUCACGUGAGUGACUGCACGUUCCACAUGAAAUACUACGACCAUCAAAACCAGUUGGUUAAGAGCUAUUCAUGCGGAUUUGGGCCUGGAAAGUAUUGUGCUGUGGAAAAUGAGAACUUCAUCAUCUCAUUCAGCAACUUUCGUACUUCCACCUCCGUUGUACGACUCAUGGUGACGGCGAGGAAAACGUAUGAUUAUGAACCUCCUCUAUUGGCUGCGGUUGUCGGAGGGGUCCUAGGGGGCGCUGUUAUCGUAACAGUCGUUGCUGUUGUUGUGAUCAUGUUCCGGAUCCGGAAACGGCGAUGGAGGAAACCUCCUCCUGUACAUGCGCCUCUCCCUCCUCCAGACCCUGACCGUGAAACAUGUGUAUAGAACCGGAAGUCACAAGUGUGCAUGCGUGUUAAAACAGGAAGUUUCUUCGCUAACAUGCUUUGAUGAAAAAUUUAAAUCUCAAGCGUGUGUGAAAGUAUGCACGUAUUUGAUUGUGCAAAAACCGUAAGUUACAGCGAAUGAAGCAACACGAGAAUCCGCAAGGAUCUAAUAUGGCGGAGUAAAGGGCAAAGCCCACUUGGCUCAUUGUAACGUCAGAACCCGCCACGGGCAUCGAUAUCCGAACCAGUACAAAGAUUACCACUUUGUUGACAGGUCAUUUUUCGGUUGUACAGGCUAGGUCGAUUCAUCCUUACAUAGCCACUUAACGCAUUUUAUCGAACUUGUGGAAAAUUUACAAGUGAGGCGAAUAUCACUCGCUUUUGGCGAGUAACUUUAUUUUUUUAUUCAUGUGAAAGUUUUGACAGCGUGACGCAAAACAUUGUGACUGUCGCUUGUAGCCUCAUGUAGGCUCCAUCUGUAAAAGCUGGUCAUGGGAAAAACAAAUUUUCAUUUGAACUGUUAAAUUGUUUGAAGGAAGUUUUCUGUCAUUUCCGUCAUUUUAUGAAUGAUUUUUCGAAAGGCAAUAUUGCAGUGUGAAUAUAUGUUGUCAAUUUCUUAUUGAAUAAAUAAAAACGGUGGAAAUAGGUCUUUAUCAAUUAAUACUCUUCGACCUCGAGCAAUAAUCGGACGAGUAAGCAAAAGUUUAAGAAAUUUAAUAAGUAUCUAGAAUUUGUAUUGGGCAGAUAUUUAACUGUUCAGACAGACACAUUUGCUCUAUUUAUGAAAAACUCUCGGGCGUCAUCGAGCGAUUUAUUUCCACCUCACUGUAUAA